UCGGAGGUCAGGAUAAAUAACAUGCCGACUGACGGUUUCUCUCCACGGUGAGGAGCGAUGUGGCCCUGACGGGAGCAUCGCUAAGGCAGCUGAGAGACCCUUGCGAAGGGGGAGUUGGGGAGACCGUGGCUUCGGAUCGGCCGAUCGUGUGUGGCUGUGGAGGCAGCCCUGGAAGCCCCGCGGAGGCGACGUCUGUAAUGCUCCGCACUUAGCGAGGAAGCCGGGAAGCCGCACUGGGCGCGAUCGCUUCAUGCCGCCGACUGAUUUGGAGCCCGCCAGAAUGAACAGGAAGAAAGGAGACAAGGGCUUUGAAAGCCCGAGACCAUAUAAAUUAACCCAUCAGGUCGUCUGUAUCAACAACAUCAACUUUCAGAGGAAAUCCGUCGUGGGAUUUGUGGAACUAACUAUUUUUCCCACAGUUGCAAACUUGAAUAGAAUCAAACUGAACAGCAAACAGUGUAGAAUAUACCGAGUAAGGAUCAACGAUUUAGAAGCUGCUUUCAUUUAUAAUGACCCAACCUUGGAAGUUUGUCACAAUGAGUCAAAACAGAGAAAUCUCAAUUAUUUUUCCAAUGCUUAUGCAGCUGCAGUUAGUGCUGUGGAUCCUGAUGCGGGAAAUGGAGAACUUUGCAUUAAGGUUCCAUCAGAGUUAUGGAAACACGUCGAUGAACUAAAGGUUCUAAAGAUACAUAUCAACUUUUCUUUGGAUCAGCCAAAAGGAGGCCUUCAUUUUGUGGUGCCCAAUGUAGAGGGAAGUAUGGCAGAAAGAGGAGCUCAUGUUUUCUCUUGCGGGUAUCAAAAUUCUACAAGAUUCUGGUUCCCAUGUGUUGAUUCAUACUCAGAGUUAUGUACAUGGAAAUUGGAAUUUACAGUUGAUGCUGCAAUGGUGGCUGUCUCCAAUGGAGAUUUGGUGGAGACUGUAUACACUCAUGACAUGAGAAAGAAGACCUUCCAUUACAUGCUUACCAUUCCAACAGCAGCAUCAAAUAUCUCCUUGGCUAUUGGACCUUUUGAAAUACUUGUAGACCCAUAUAUGCAUGAAGUUACUCAUUUUUGUCUACCCCAACUUCUUCCAUUGCUUAAACAUACCACAUCAUAUCUUCAUGAGGUGUUUGAAUUUUAUGAAGAAAUUCUUACAUGUCGAUAUCCAUAUUCCUGCUUUAAGACUGUAUUCAUUGACGAAGCCUAUGUUGAAGUGGCUGCCUAUGCUUCCAUGAGCAUUUUUAGUACAAAUCUUUUGCAUAGUGCCAUGAUUAUAGAUGAGACACCUUUGACUAGAAGGUGUUUAGCUCAGUCCUUGGCCCAGCAGUUUUUUGGAUGCUUCAUAUCCAGAAUGUCUUGGUCUGAUGAAUGGGUACUGAAGGGAAUUUCAGGUUACAUUUAUGGACUUUGGAUGAAAAAAACUUUUGGUGUUAAUGAAUACCGCCAUUGGAUAAAAGAGGAGCUAGACAAAAUAGUGGCAUAUGAACUGAAAACUGGUGGAGUUUUACUACAUCCCAUAUUUGGUGGAGGAAAAGAAAAGGAUAAGUAUGUUUAUUAUCCUGAAGUUUUCAAUAAAUUGCUAAGUUUGGCUAGUACUGCUUCAUCUCAGAAGUUCCAGUCACAUAUGUGGAGUCAGAUGUUGGUGUCUACAUACGGAUUUUUGAAGUCUAUCUCCAAUGUCUCUGGGAAAGAUAUUCAGCCUUUAAUAAAGCAAUGGGUAGACCAGAGUGGAGUAGUAAAAUUUUAUGGGAGUUUUGCAUUUAAUAGAAAACGAAAUGUAUUGGAAUUAGAAAUAAAGCAAGACUAUACAUCUCCUGGAACUCAGAAAUAUGUGGGACCACUUAAAGUGACUGUGCAGGAAUUAGAUGGAUCUUUCAACCAUACAUUGCAAAUUGAAGAGAACAGCCUUAAACAUGACAUACCUUGUCAUUCCAAAAGCAGGAGAAACAAGAAGAAAAAAAUUCCACUGAUGAAUGGAGAAGAAGUUGACAUGGAUCUUUCUGCAAUGGAUGCUGAUUCUCCUUUGCUGUGGAUAAGGAUAGAUCCAGAUAUGUCUGUACUGAGGAAGGUAGAAUUUGAGCAGGCUGAUUUUAUGUGGCAGUAUCAGCUCCGCUAUGAAAGGGAUGUUGUCGCACAGCAGGAGUCUAUUUUGGCCUUGGAGAAGUUUCCUACUCCAGCAUCUCGUCUUGCACUCACUGACAUAUUAGAACAAGAGCAGUGUUUCUACCGAGUAAGGAUGUCAGCUUGCUUCUGUCUUGCAAAGAUUGCAAAUUCAAUGGUGAGCACAUGGACAGGACCACCAGCUAUGAAGUCACUCUUUACUAGAAUGUUUUGUUGUAAAACUUGUCCAAACAUUGUGAAAACAAACAACUUUAUGAGCUUUCAAAGUUAUUUUCUACAGAAGACUAUGCCAGUUGCAAUGGCUUUGUUGAGAGAUGUUCACAACCUAUGUCCAAAGGAAGUCUUAACAUUUAUUUUAGACUUAAUCAAAUACAAUGACAACCGAAAGAAUAAGUUUUCAGAUAACUAUUACCGUGCAGAAAUGAUUGAUGCCCUUGCCAACUCUGUUACACCUGCAGUCAGUGUGAAUAAUGAAGUUCGAACUUUGGAUAACUUAAAUCCAGACGUGCGACUUAUUCUUGAAGAAAUUACCAGAUUUUUGAAUAUGGAAAAACUUCUUCCAAGUUAUAGGCAUACCAUCACUGUCAGUUGUUUGAGAGCUAUCCGAGUGCUUCAGAAGAAUGGUCACGUGCCAAGUGAUCCAGCUCUGUUUAAAUCUUAUGCAGAAUAUGGGCACUUUGUGGACAUUAGGAUAGCAGCUUUGGAAGCAGUUGUUGAUUAUACUAAAGUGGACAGGAGUUAUGAAGAACUUCAGUGGUUACUUAAUAUGAUUCAGAAUGACCCUGUACCAUAUGUAAGACAUAAGAUUCUAAAUAUGUUGACUAAGAAUCCACCAUUUACUAAGAACAUGGAAUCCCCCUUAUGCAAUGAAGCCUUGGUAGAUCAGCUUUGGAAACUUAUGAAUUCUGGUACAUCACAUGACUGGAGAUUACGGUGUGGUGCUGUGGACUUGUACUUCACACUGUUUGGCCUCAGUAGACCCUCUUGCUUACCCUUGCCAGAGCUUGGGUUGGUACUUAAUCUAAAAGAGAAGAAGGCUGUCUUGAAUCCCACCAUAAUACCAGAAGUUAUAGCAGGUAGUCAAGAAGCGACAAUGAAUCCAAGCAGUCAUGCACAGCUAGUUGGAUUUCAGAAUCCUUUUUCAAGUUCUCAAGAUGAAGAAGAGAUUGAUAUGGACACUGUUCAUGAUAGCCAGGCUUUCAUUUCUCAUCAUUUGAACAUGCUUGAAAGACCAUCAACUCCAGGGCUCUCUAAGUAUAGGCCAGCUAGUUCCAGGCCUACUAUAAUACCUCAGCACCCAUCGGGCUGUGAUGGCACACCUAGUACAAAACCCCAAUGGAAUAUGGAGUUUUCACGAAAAGGAACAGGUAGAGAACAGUCACCUUUGGAGAUGAGCAUGCAUCCAGCAGCAGCAACGCCACUUUCAGUGUUUACUAAGGAAUCUACAUCUUCCAAACACAGUGACCACCAUCACCACCACCAUCAUGAGCACAAGAAGAAGAAGAAGAAGCACAAACAUAAGCACAAACACAAACAUAAGCAUGACAGUAAAGAAAAGGACAAGGAACCGUUUACUUUCUCUAGCCCUGCCAGUGGCAGAUCAAUUCAUUCACCUUCUCUCUCAGACUAAGAGGGAAGAAAAAAAAAAAGACUUUACUCUCAUUGUUCAGGAGAAUGUAUAUAAUAAAAGCUGUCUUCUGUAAGAUAUGAUAAAAAGAGAAGGGGGGAAAUAAGUUGCCUCUGUCAUAGAAAUUCAUCAUUUGAUUUAUAGUAUUUUUUAUAUACUUAGGAUCUUAUGAUUAAAAAAAAGUGUUACAUAGUUCUGAAUGAACCAUUUCAUCUCAUUUCUUCCAUAAAACACCCAAGCAAACUUCGUAAAGGCCCUCAGAUCCAUUGGCAGCUUCACAUUCACAUUCUACUCUCCAUGUGCACAGCCAAAGUCAAUUAUGUUUUAAAGCCUUUGGUGGAUGUUGUGGGGGCAAAGUUACGUCUUAAACAGAAGCUACUGCCAAGACUGUGGUAAGACCACUAUUUCCAUUGAUAUAUUGUAUUUGGAACUACUACUAAAAAAAAAAAAGACUUUUCUACAGGGAUCUUCUCUGUUGCACUGGGUGUGUGUAUGUUACUAUAAACUUAACAUCUGA